AAAAAACAUCAAAAACCUUAUCUACUCAUGAAUCAAUUUCAAGCAAGAAAACCAACUAGAGGAUCAAAAAAAAUUCUCUCCUUAAUGCAUGAAACAAUACCUCAUUUAUUUAUGAAGCAUAACCAUGGCUUCAACUUCACUUUUUUGCUCCAAUAUCUUCAUUCCAAAAACUACUAAAAACACACCACCAUCACAACUUUGUUUACCAUUUCCUAGCUAUAUUCAACAAAACCAAUACAAGAGAGAGUUUCAUCUCCCAAAAGUAGCUUCAGUACCUUACCAACCAAUCAACUAUGACUACUUAGAACAAGAAUUCAAUGGACAUGGAGUCACAUUUGAAGAAGUUGGUGGAAGUUGUAUGGCCAAAAUGGAAUUGAAAAAUGGAAGCAUUGCUACCAUGUUGCUACCAAGUGGAUUGAUUACUUCCUAUAAGGCACCUAUGUGGCAUGGUGGAAAAGUUGAGUUGCUUAAUACUGCAGUUUCAGAAGGAGAAUUUGGUGAUGCUGUUAUUCAAGGAGGUGUUUCUUUAAACUUCAAUCUUCAAACUCAUGAUGAUAAUGAUGAUGAAGUUUCUUGGUCUCCUUCUAAUUGGGUUUUGCAUAACAUUAAAGGCAAUUCUGAGGAAUCUAUUCAGGUAGUAUUAAUAAACAAAGGACCGUAUGAUAAGAUUGGAUUAAAAUACAUUGUGACAUUGGAAGAAGAUGGAUUAGGAUCAGAGCUUGAAAUCUCAAACUCAAACUCUUUGCCUCUUCAAAUGACAGGUUCCAUCUUGAGUCAUUUGACAGUAAGCACACCAGAAGCAACUUAUGCAAUAGGAUUAGAGAGAUCAAAUUACUAUAGCCGACCGCCUAUUGAAUCGGAGUUUAUUUUGAGUCCUCCGGAUUCGAUCGAAGAGAAAGGAUUCGGAAAAAUAUGGAAAUCAUCUGUUAAGCAAUUUUUGCCAAGUUGGGGAACAGAUAGUCAGAACAAUGAAGCAGAAGAUAGUGAAGAUAUGAGUGGUGAGGAAAUGGAUACCUACAAGCAGCUAAAAGAGAGAAUAAGUCUUGUAUACACGAAUGCGCCUCGAAGUUUUACACUCAUUGACAGGGGUAGAAGAAACUCAGUAUUAGUUGGAAGAAAUGGAUUUGAUGAAACAUACCUGUUCAGUCCAGGCUCAUCAGGAAUUGAAAGUUACAGCAAGUAUGCUUACAUAUGUGUUGGUCAAGCAGCUGUCCUCCAACCAAUAGUAUUAAGUCCACAAGAUGUAUGGAAAGGAGGAGCCUAUCUACACAAUCCAAAUAUAUAAUUGAACAGCGUGUUCAAAAAUAUCAAAAGUUUAACUCAUGAACACAUUAGCUUUUGGAUUUUGUAUACACCGUCAAUGUAAAAAAGUUUUACACAUUCAUUUAGUCAUAGCCAAUCAUUAUGCUACUUUCUUUUA